AUGGCGGACCGCGGCCUGGAGGGCAUGGCUCUGCCGCUGGAGGUGCGGGCCCGGCUGGCCGAGCUGGAGCUGGAGCUGUCGGAAGGUGACAUCACCCAAAAAGGAUAUGAAAAGAAGAGGUCGAAACUCAUUGGAGCCUACCUGCCCCAGCCUCCGACAGCGAACGGAGCUGCCGUGGUCCGCUGCAGGCCGCAGCACGGCGAAGGCGCCCCGGGAAGAGCACCGCGCUCCGGCAACAUCGGGGUGUGCGACGUCCGAGAAGCCGCGGGCCGAGAGCGGGUGGCCAGCACCGCGGGGAACCGGCCGCUGUUUUACUUUCGCUUCGGGGUGGAUCAGGCGUUGCCUCCCGAGCGCCGGGCUCCUGUCACUCCUGCUCCUUCCACGCGCUACCACCGCCGGAGGUCCUCAGGGUCACGCGAUGAGCGCUACCGGUCAGACGUCCACACGGAAGCCGUGCAGGCGGCGCUGGCCAAGCACAAGGAGAGGAAGAUGGCGGUGCCCAUGCCUUCCAAGCGCAGGUCCUUGGUGGUGCAAACCUCGAUGGACGCCUACACGCCCCCAGAUACGUCGUCCGGCUCGGAAGACGAGGGCUCGGUGCAGGGGGACUCGCAGGGGACGCCCACCUCCAGCCAGGGCAGCAUCAACAUGGAGCACUGGAUCAGCCAGGCCAUCCACGGCUCCACCACCUCCACCACCUCGUCCUCCUCCACCCAGAGCGGGGGCAGUGGCGCCGCCCACCGGCUGGCUGACGUCAUGGCCCAGACGCACAUAGAGAAUCACUCUGCACCUCCUGACGUGACCACUUACACCUCAGAACACCCGAUCCAAGUGGAAAGGCCGCAGGGCUCCACGACGUCGCGGACGGCGCCCAAGUAUGGCAACGCGGAGCUCAUGGAGACGGGCGACGGGGUGCCCGUAAGUAGUCGGGUGUCGGCGAAAAUCCAGCAGCUCGUCAACACCCUCAAGCGACCGAAGCGGCCGCCGUUACGCGAGUUCUUCGUGGAUGACUUUGAGGAACUGCUGGAAGUUCAGCAACCAGAUCCGAACCAGCCCAAGCCGGAGGGAGCACAGAUGCUGGCCAUGCGCGGGGAGCAGCUGGGAGUGGUCACCAACUGGCCCCCGUCCCUGGAAGCCGCGUUGCAGCGCUGGGGAACCAUCUCCCCGAAGGCCCCCUGCCUGACCACGAUGGACACGAAUGGGAAGCCGCUGUACAUCCUCACUUACGGCAAACUGUGGACAAGAAGUAUGAAGGUUGCUUACAACAUUCUGCAUAAAUUAGGUACCAAGCAAGAGCCGAUGGUACGACCUGGCGACCGGGUGGCGCUGGUGUUUCCCAACAACGACCCUGCUGCCUCCAUGGUGGCCUUCUACGGCUGCCUGCUGGCCGAAGUGGUCCCCGUGCCCAUCGAAGUGCCGCUCACGAGAAAGGACGCUGGAAGCCAGCAGAUCGGGUUCUUGCUCGGCAGCUGUGGAGUCACCGUGGCCUUGACGAGUGACGCCUGCCACAAAGGGCUGCCGAAAAGCCCGACGGGGGAGAUCCCGCAGUUCAAAGGGUGGCCGAAGCUGCUGUGGUUUGUCACCGAGUCCAAGCAUCUGUCUAAGCCGCCUCGGGACUGGUUCCCACACAUCAAAGACGCGAACAACGACACCGCGUACAUAGAGUACAAGACGUGCAAGGACGGGAGUGUGCUCGGCGUGACCGUGACCAGGGUCGCGCUGCUGACCCACUGCCAGGCCCUCACGCAGGCGUGCGGCUACACGGAAGCGGAAACCAUAGUGAACGUGCUGGACUUCAAGAAGGACGUUGGGCUCUGGCAUGGAAUCCUGACAAGCGUGAUGAACAUGAUGCACGUCAUCAGCAUCCCGUACUCGCUGAUGAAGGUCAACCCGCUGUCCUGGAUUCAGAAGGUCUGCCAGUACAAAGCGAAAGUGGCUUGUGUGAAAUCCAGGGACAUGCACUGGGCGCUGGUGGCACACAGAGAUCAGAGGGACAUCAACCUCUCGUCCCUGCGGAUGCUGAUCGUGGCCGAUGGCGCAAAUCCCUGGUCCAUCUCGUCCUGUGACGCCUUCCUCAACGUCUUCCAGAGCAAAGGCCUGCGCCAGGAGGUCAUCUGUCCAUGCGCCAGCUCCCCGGAAGCCCUCACCGUGGCCAUCCGGAGGCCCACGGACGACAGCAACCAGCCCCCGGGCCGGGGCGUCCUCUCCAUGCACGGCCUGACCUACGGCGUCAUCCGCGUGGACUCGGAGGAGAAGCUGUCUGUGCUCACCGUGCAGGACGUCGGCCUCGUGAUGCCUGGUGCCAUUAUGUGUGCUGUGAAGCCAGACGGAAUCCCUCAGCUCUGUAGAACGGAUGAGAUCGGGGAGCUCUGCGUGUGCGCCAUCGCGACGGGCACGUCCUACUACGGCCUCUCGGGCAUGACCAAGAACACCUUCGAGGUGUUUCCCGUGACGAGCUCGGGGGCCCCUGUCGGCGAGUACCCCUUCGUCAGGACGGGCCUACUGGGCUUCGUCGGCCCCGGGGGGCUCGUCUUCGUGGUGGGCAAGAUGGACGGACUCAUGGUGGUCAGCGGGCGCAGACACAAUGCGGACGACAUCGUGGCCACAGCGCUGGCCGUGGAGCCCAUGAAAUUCGUCUACAGGGGAAGGAUUGCUGUGUUCUCGGUGACUGUCCUGCAUGACGAGAGGAUCGUGAUCGUGGCCGAGCAGAGGCCGGACUCCACGGAGGAGGACAGCUUCCAGUGGAUGAGCAGGGUUCUCCAGGCAAUUGACAGCAUCCAUCAAGUUGGGGUUUACUGCCUGGCCUUGGUUCCAGCGAACACCCUCCCCAAAACCCCACUCGGCGGGAUCCACCUGUCAGAAACGAAGCAGCUCUUCCUGGAGGGCUCACUUCACCCCUGCAAUGUCCUGAUGUGCCCCCAUACCUGUGUCACAAACUUGCCUAAACCUCGACAGAAGCAACCAGAAAUCGGCCCCGCCUCUGUGAUGGUGGGGAACCUGGUGUCUGGGAAGAGGAUCGCACAGGCCAGCGGCAGGGACCUGGGCCAGAUCGAAGACAAUGACCAGGCCCGCAAGUUCCUCUUCCUGUCGGAGGUCCUGCAGUGGAGGGCGCAGACCACCCCCGACCACGUCCUGUACACGCUGCUCAACUGUAGGGGUACGAUAGCGAGCUCGCUCACGUGCGUGCAGCUGCACAAGCGAGCCGAGAAGAUCGCCGUGAUGCUCACGGAGAGAGGACACCUGCAGGACGGGGACCACGUGGCUCUCGUCUACCCGCCAGGGAUAGACCUCAUUGCGGCGUUUUACGGUUGCCUCUACGCGGGCUGCGUGCCGAUCACCGUCCGCCCCCCACACCCACAGAACAUCGCAACGACGCUGCCGACCGUGAAGAUGAUCGUGGAGGUGAGUCGCUCCGCCUGCUUGAUGACGACACAGCUCAUCUGCAAGUUGUUGCGGUCCAGGGAGGCGGCAGCGGCCGUAGACGUCAGGGCCUGGCCCCCCAUCCUGGACACAGACGAUUUGCCAAAGAAGCGGCCCGCCCAGAUCUACAAACCUUCCAACCCAGACACACUCGCUUAUCUCGACUUCAGCGUGUCCACAACCGGGAUGCUCGCCGGAGUGAAGAUGUCUCACGCAGCCACCAGUGCCUUCUGCCGUUCCAUUAAGCUGCAGUGUGAGCUCUACCCCUCUCGAGAAGUGGCCAUCUGCCUGGACCCGUACUGCGGACUCGGGUUCGUCCUGUGGUGCCUGUGCAGCGUGUACUCCGGGCACCAGUCCAUUCUCAUCCCGCCUUCCGAGCUGGAGACCAGCCCUGCCCUGUGGCUUCUCGCCGUGAGCCAGUACAAAGUCCGGGAUACGUUCUGCUCCUAUUCAGUGAUGGAACUUUGCACCAAGGGGCUGGGCUCGCAGACGGAGUCCCUCAAGGCACGAGGACUGGACCUGUCACGCGUGCGGACCUGUGUGGUGGUGGCCGAGGAGCGGCCUCGGAUAGCGCUCACGCAGUCCUUCUCGAAGCUCUUCAAAGACCUGGGUCUGCACCCGCGGGCCGUGAGCACCUCCUUCGGCUGCAGAGUGAACCUGGCCAUCUGCUUGCAGGGGACCUCGGGACCUGACCCAACCACCGUCUAUGUUGAUAUGCGAGCUCUGAGACACGACAGAGUCCGCUUGGUGGAAAGAGGCUCUCCUCACAGCCUGCCCCUCAUGGAAUCGGGAAAAAUCCUUCCAGGGGUUCGGAUCAUAAUUGCGAAUCCAGAAACAAAAGGACCGUUGGGUGACUCCCACCUGGGUGAGAUCUGGGUUCACAGCGCCCACAACGCCAGUGGCUACUUCACCAUUUACGGAGACGAGUCCCUCCAGUCAGACCACUUCAACUCAAGGUUAAGUUUUGGAGACACGCAGACGGUCUGGGCGCGGACGGGCUACUUGGGGUUCCUGCGGAGGACGGAGCUCACGGAUGCAAACGGAGAGCGCCACGACGCCCUGUACGUGGUGGGCGCGCUGGACGAGGCCAUGGAGCUGCGGGGCAUGCGGUACCACCCGAUCGACAUCGAGACCUCAGUCAUCCGAGCCCACAAGAGCGUCACGGAGUGCGCGGUGUUCACCUGGACUAAUUUGUUGGUGGUCGUGGUUGAGCUUGAUGGGUCAGAGCAGGAAGCCUUGGACCUGGUGCCCUUGGUGACCAACGUGGUCCUGGAGGAGCACUACCUGGUGGUGGGGGUCGUGGUCGUGGUGGACAUCGGCGUCAUCCCCAUCAACUCCCGGGGAGAGAAGCAGCGGAUGCACCUGCGCGACGGGUUUUUGGCCGACCAGCUGGAUCCCAUCUACGUGGCCUACAACAUGUAGCGUCAUCUCUGGCCCCGCAGACUCUCCUAGGGAAGUAACCGUUUCUCUCAGUGUCACUAAAGUUUGCCGGCACGGGGGCGACAUUCGCCGGAAUGGAGCCUUGUUGGCGCGGUGGUGAGACUUUCCGCAGCAGUCCUGAUUGGCAUGGGGGUGAGAUGUGGAAUGUGCGUUUACCACUGAAGCUUGCUCAGAAGGACUUUGGAUUACUGCCUUCGGUUUGUUGGAAAAACCCAUUUCAAAAACUUUCUUUUCUUUUUUUUUUUUAAUUAUUGAAUAAUAAGUGCUUUCUUCGUAAAUGUGGUAUUUUGUUAAGCCAAAAUAGCAAUUAAAAAAAUAUUCUGCCCUCCAGAUGGGUUCUUUUAAACAAUUUAUGUAGUGUGACAAAGAAUUGUUUUCUCUGUUUAAUGUGUCAUAAAAUCUUAAUGACAUGGACCUUGUUACUAAUUUAAGCCAUUGCUAGAUUUCAUCCUUUUAGGAAAGUUUGUUGAGGUACGAGAAAACCUUCCAAAUAGCACCUUCCAAUUAGAUUUUAGCAGCUUUCUCUGUCAGAAGUGUGCUGGAGAGACAAAGGCUAACAUACGGCCUUUGAAGUUAGCAUAGAGUGAGAAGAAAUUAUAAAUAAGGUGUAUUUCGGCAACUAUCUUGCAGAUAUCUUUGUACUAAACUGAAAAGAUAAAAUAAGUUAACUUCACAUGUAAUUAUGUACAAAACGUUUAAUUUAUUUUGAUCUCUUUAGAAGUAUAAAAGAGAAAAACAUUCAAGAACAUUAAAGUCUUGUAAUGUUUGCUAAUAUAAAAAAAGUGUUGUAUUAUCUUGCGUGGAUAGUAUCACAACAAAUAUAUAUAUAUGAAAUAUAAAUUCACUAAUGAACAAAGGAGAUUUUAAAGUUUAAAAUGCAGAACCUGUCACUUGCAUGGUGUCCCUCACUGUACUGUAGACAAAGCGAGAUUGUCUCCCACCCACUCUGCCGACACGAGCAAUCCCGGAUUGCCUGUAGCCCGGUCUACCUGUGUCUUCUAGAACCAGAGACCAGCAAGCGAAGUUACUGCCACGUCAGAGAUGGGGAGGAGUCGGAGGCUGAACGUGCACUACUUCCCCUUGGCCGCGGGGGCGACGGUGACCGGUCUGUGCGGGGCGGGCCGCGCCACGGAGCGCGCACCAGGGCAGGCAGGCGGAGAGGGCCGCCGUUCCUGAGCCGCCAGAGUUCCUUGUCCUUCAUCAUUUUUGUUCACGUCACCCCUCCCGGUCCUUGGCAUGGACAGGACAGCUCUUCCGUGACGGUUCGCACCCGGUGGCGCCGCCUCCCUCCGAUGGCCGUCGUCCCGAGUGCACAGACUGUCCCGAGCAGCUUGAAGGGAAGAGACUCGCAGAGGAGACCGUCCCCUCGGCCGGCUGUGUGCGGCUCCCCGCCCGGCGCGAGCAGAACCUGCAGGGACCCGUCCUGAGCGGCCGGGAGCCCUCGCAGAGCGCCGGCGAGAGCUUUCCUGCGAGAAGCCCCGGCUGUCUGCGCUCCUCCUGCCGUGGAUGAUGCGUUUCUGAUCUCCGUCUCGCCGCCGCCUCACACGCCUUCCGGUGUCCGCGUCUCAUCUGUGCGCUCCUCGAUCGAGUUGGCCCCUCGGUGUCCAGCCCAGAAGAGGUAUCCACUGUCCAAGUGUGGUUUCUCUUGUAACUGCCCCAGUAGGACCCUGCAGUGGCUCUCGUUGCUAGAAAUGCAUGACCAAGAUUGUUGCUGGGCAAACCUUAGUCUCUCUUCGUUGUGCCGUAGGCGAUGUCUUCAUCGGCCUUUGCUGUACGCGCCAGCAGUAAGCCCUUUGCUAAAACAGAGUUUUGUUUGACUUCCAAGAUGCAAGGCUAACUGUUUUUAGAAAAUUUUAAGUGGCUUUUUAAGAAAUUUGUCUGCAUGUGGGGUGCAUCAUUCCGUCUCCACAAACAGUUUGAUUUUUUUAAAUAUCGUUUGAGUUCAUCGCUGUGUGUGACUCUUUCUCUACACGCUUCAGAUACACAUCCCUACAGUCUUCUGCUUCCUAAGGGGGGGAAACCCCACCACAC